AUGAAAAAUAUAACUAAUUCAAAUAAUCUAAAUCAAGCUGGAAAUUUUAAUGCAUUCAAUAAUAAUCAUCAUGAUGAAACCAGCGAAACGGUUGCAGAAAAUCCAAAAGCUCAAGCUUAUUUAAAUCAUUUAUUAAAUGAUGGUUGCAAUGAAGGCGAUAGCGGUUAUGAAAUGGAAUUGCCCUAUUACUACAAUGAUAAACUAUUUCGACAAGGCCAAAGCUAUUUGGCAAAAUAUCGCUUUGUAUUACUAAUUGGCAUGUUGUCCGGUUUAGUUGGAGUCUUAGCCAUACCCUCCAUAUUAAAAGUGCUCAUUUGCACACGCCAAUCCGGAUCGCCUAAAGCGGCAUAUAGAAGAUAUGUUCGCACAAUAUUGCACACAUUAGCCUGGUAUAAUUAUUCACCCACACCGAGAACAUCUAAAUUCUGGAUUAGUUUGGAAGGUGUACGAAAUGCUCAUUCGCGUUCUAGUCGAGCCUGUGCUAAAUUGGGUGCUGGUCAAAUAUCGCAAAAAGAUUUAGCUUUAACACAAUUUGGUUUCAUAGGAUUUCUAACAUUGGGUGCUCAUCGCAUACAACUAUAUGAUGAAGAAUUCUUAGAAGCUACUUCGCAUAUGUGGCGGGUUAUAGGCUAUCUGCUGGGUAUUAAAGAUGAAUAUAAUAUUUGCGGUGAAAAUUGGUCUGAAACUAAACUGAGGCUGGACAUUGUAAUGCGCAAGGUGUAUGAACCGGCUUUGGAGAAUACCAGCAAAGAUUUCGAGAAAAUGUGUAAAGCUUUAUUAGAUGGUCUAUGGCCGGUAAAUAUCAGUUUGACUGCGGGUUCAUUUCUCUAUAUGACCAAACGUCUGGCUUAUGUUAAGGGCUAUGAAUAUUACGAUUUUGAUUAUCGUCCAGGUACAAAACCUGAUCCAAAUCAAUAUCGCUACUACAAAGAUUUAAGUUGGUGGGAUCGAGUUGUGGUAUUCUGGGGCUUACUUGUGCUGACCUAUUUACACAAAUAUAAUAUUGUACGUUGGUUUCUGAAUUUCGGUAUUUGGGUUAAUGAAAAAUCAUUGUAUUAUUUGCCUUAUAUUGCCGUCUUUAAAUUUGGAAUCAAAUGGGCUUAUGUGCGUGUCUUUAAAGGUAGCGAAGUAAAACCUUUUGAUUUCCAUUUGAAAGAAGAAUAUUAA